ACGUGACCAUUCUUUUGAAAAACAACACUCCAUGGCUAUUUGAUUACAGUAUGUACGUCGGUCAAUAACUCGUUGCCAUUAAUCAUAAGAAAACGAAAAUACAUAUCAGACCAAUGCGAAAGGAACGGAUGCAACAAGGACAUGACAUCGCGUACCGCACAACCACCACAAACGUACAGGCCAACAGACAGUGUAUCUUUAUUUCUCUUUUUUUUUUUGUUUCUUUUUUUUCGUUUUGGUGUCUCCCUUCCUGCUGCACAGACCUUGGCUCAAAUUGCCCCAGUUGCACGGUAACCACACAUAUAACAGAUGUCUGGCCUCUCUCCAUGAGCCUCCUGUGUUGCCAUCGUCAGCGACUCUGCCAAGUCAAGGAUUGUCCCAGGCACACAUACUGUAAUGCAUGAAGAACAUGAAACCACUUUUCUUUUUCCAGGACCAAAAGAACUCGAAAACCGGACAAAUCAAGAAGUGAGAGAUGCCAAUGAAGGAUGAGGGUGGUUCAUAUUAUCGAUUACG